UUGACCCGAGGGGCGCCGCUCUGAGCCGAGCGCGUGGAGCCGGAAAGAGAGGAGAAUGGAGGCAAAGACGGCCCAAUCAGACGCUGCAGAAUCUGCAGAGGAGGCGGACGAGCUGGGAAACACGCAGGAGGAGAAGUUGUCAGUUCAGGCUGGUAGGGGAGUGAAGAGGAAGAACUCUUCCCCUCCGCCCACCCUCCCUCCUCCUUCCUCCUCCACCUCCACCUCCCCUGCCAACAUUGUGUUUGUCACUCCCAGCAAGGAAAAGGAUGAAAGCAAGCCCACCUCUGCCAAGAAACCGCGACGGAGGAGCACGUCGACAGGGCUGGCCCUGAGUAAAACAGGCUCACCCUCUUCUUCUUCUUCCGCCUCCCCUUCCUUCAACCCUGCAGCCAUGACAGAGAGACAGCAGAUGGCCUACCUGCUCCAGAUGACCGACCCUCAGAAGAAUGAGGACCCCCCAGCUGCCGGGGCGGCAGGGAAAGAGGCGACCACACCCAGCAGCAGAGUCCACAAGCGGAACGAGAGGGGAGAGACUCAGCUCCACGUGGCCUGCAUCCGCGGGGACCUCCGUCUUGCCACCUCACUCAUCGAGCAAGGGGCAGAGGUCAACGCCACCGACCAUGCAGGCUGGACGCCACUGCACGAGGCGUGUAACCAUGGCCACCCUGACCUCGUCUCCCUCCUACUGAGGUCUGGAGCCGGCGUCAACACUCACGGCAUGGACGGAGACACGCCCCUUCAUGAUGCAACCGUCAAUUCCCACCCCAAGGUGAUACAGCUGCUGAUGGAGCGUGGUGGUGAUCCAAAUCUCCCCAACCAGAAGGAGCAGACGGCACUGGACGUCUGUCACAACGAAGAAAUCCGUCGCCUGCUGACUGCCUCUUUUUCACCCCCCACACAACAUGCACACUCUACCCCACCCACUGCUCUUCCUGCCUCUGUGUCUCUAGGAGAAGGCAAUCGCGAACCAAUAGAGGGUGAGCCGAAAGACAAACUAACACAUUCUCAGGACGACAGUGCAUUCUUCCCCAAUCCACCUCCAUUGCCCCUGCAAUCAGUCCAUCAUAAGGUCGAAAUUCAAUCUACUACCCCAAGUGGCUCGACUGGCUCCGAGGCUCCCGUUCCGCAGAGUCUGGAACCAGUGAAUGCCACUCCGUCGCGGACCAGGAAACGAUCCAAGAGGGAGAGGGAGAAGGGGAGGGGUUUCGGUGACGUUUCGUCGUCUGAAAGCGACUCUGAGCUGCUGGUGACCGUGAGAAAGGCCCCGAGACUCGUGGAUCGACUGCCGGACAGUGUGAGAGAGGAGGGAGUCGGGGAAGGAGGGGAUGUGAGGUGUGGGGAGGGUGAGGGUGAGAAGGGGGAGAAGACCGAUGGAAGAACUGAAAGCGGGGACAAGAAAGAGCUAGAAGACAAAGAGUUGGUGGACGUUGAAAAAGAUGGAGACGAAGUUAAAGAGGAGAAAGAUGGGGCCAUCGACACUGAGAACGGAGUGGAAGAAAAGUCUACCAACAGUGGAAAACAGGAAGGGACAGAUGAAAGAGAGCGGCUAGGCAGUGACGAUGGACCACAUGUUGGACAGGAAGAAGAAGGACAGGGGGCGAUGGAGGAGAAAGCCAGCGCGGACGUGGCAUCAAAUGCAGCGGAAGAGAGUGCUGUUGCAGCUGUUGAAGCAGAAGCAGAGACAGGAGAACCCGAGGAGCACUCUGCAGGGAAGGAGACUGAGGCCCCACCUUCUUCUAAGACAGAGUCUUCGGUCGGCCAGCCUUGUGGUGAUCCAGACAAGUCUACAGAGAACGAGACACCGAUGAAAGAACACGGUGAACAACGUGAGGCGGAGGAGUCAUCAGAGACUCCGUCUGAGGGUAACGCAGGGAGCGAAGGUAGACAGACAGAGACUGAGAAUCGUUCAGAGGGAGAGCGAGGAGAACUAGAUGGCACGGCAAGACCAACGGAGCCGCCUCCUGAUGUUGAGAAAUCCCAGGAAGAGACAACUGCUACUGGUUUGAGUGGCGAGGCAGAGUCUGAGGUUACUGGUGAAGAUGACAAAACUACCGUGGGGGGUGAGGUGUGUGGGGGAGAGGAGAGAGAAAGGGAAGGAGAAGGUGGGGGGACGGAGGUUGGAGGGGAGGAAGAGGAGAAGAAGGGAGAGGGAGAGGGAGAGAGAGAGAGGUGGGGGUACGGUGCAUAUCUUAUCCGUACGACCAUUCUGUACACAUACAUAUAUAUAGUGAGGAUAGUGAGAACUCCCUCCAGGGAUAAAGUGCCGACUCACGAGACAUCGAUGCUGGUGCACCACGGCAAAGUUGAGUCGGUCAGCUCGCAGAUGUUGAGAGGGUGUAGUGGUGUUUCUGCAAGGGGAGACGGUAGUCUGACAGUGGAGAGGAUGGAGUCAAGCUCACCUGUGGACCACAGGGGACCGAGAGGGGGCGCGGCAGAGAAACAGCCAAAGCACGGUGGACGAAAGAGUCUCCAGGCUGCGAGGAAGACGAGAGAGGCGGGGAGAGGGGGUGAAGAGGGAGAUGUGGGAGAGGGGGAGGGGGUGUGGACCAGUGGAGGGGUGGAGGCAGUAUGGGAGACCAUGCCCCCGGGACUAAUCGGAGGAGCUGUGAAAACGAGUCAGGUACCCUCUCGAGGGGUGAGAGAUGGUGCUGGGAGACUAUCAUCGACGGGGGGCUGGGAGGGAGGACUUUUACCGAGUCACGUGAUGGAGGACCUCUCCAGCCGAGCCUCUCCGACCCUCUCCCGUGGCAGCGCCAGCCGGCUCUCGGACGAUGGGGAGGGGGACUCGGACGGACUGUCAGACGAUUCUGACAGCUCCGGUGGAACCGUCGUCUCCCUCUCCACCUCCCUCCCCAUCAAGUUCUCCGGACUCCAGCAUCAGACGCAGCACAGACCCUCUCCCCUCGCCACUGCAGUCUCGACGCCCACUGGUUGCUCGUCUGCUGAUCUGACGGCUGCCGGGGACGGUUUGGAUGUUGUAAAUGUUGCGCUGUCAGCGACUGAGGCAAGGACAUCUCCGUCAGCCCAGGGGGAAAAGGUUCCAGGAGGCUCUAAGAGACCCAAUACAGCUCCUCUGAAAGACUCUGCUUCAGAUAUGAUGGACGAGUCUACUUCACUGCCACCCAAACUGAGGAUCCGACCAGUUUUGAGGUCAGCAGUGGUUCAGCAGAGGAGGGAGAACGCAGGUUGCCCCACGCCCCUCUCCCACUUUCCUUCCUUCCUCCUCUCCCCCAAACCCCCCAGACAACAGGCACACUCUCCCACCAGCCCCGUGGUGGUGUAUCCUCCCAUACAUCUGGCAAUGUACAAGUUGUUCUCUGAGCAAGAGACAGAAAGGCUCCAGCUACACUCUGCACACCUCACUCAACAGGAUCGACUGCUGCAGUGUAUGGAGCAGGAGCUGGUGAGGGCACAUCAGAGGGCCAGUCGGCACACCUCAGCCAUCAGCGUCUGUGCCGUGCUCCUGGAGAGGAUGCUGCCUCGAGCCGAUGCCCUGGGAGACGAGAGAACUGCCACUACUGACAGUACCAGCGCCCUUCAUGAGGGAGACGGAGUGGACGAGCGACUGCUGGGAAGUCUGGUGCAGGACGUGUGGGACAAGUUCUGCCACCAGCGAGCGCUGCUGCUGUCCCGACAGAGACACGAGGCGAGGCUCUGUGGCAGCUCCAACUCCACCAGUGGGGAGACCGACUCAAGGAGCUUGGAUUCAGUCACCACUUUCCGACCAUACAUGUCCCCAAACUCUUUUGCUGAUGACCAACCUCCAAUACUUAUGACCAAUACUUCACACUGAGGACCAUCCUUCACACUUCACACAUGAUGACCACACCCCCAAUACUUGACCAUAUGCCCCAAUACUUCAAACCUACCAACACAACACCAUGAUGACCAACCCCCAAUACUUCAAAACUUGAAACCCACCAAUACUUGACAACAUGCCCCGAUACUUCAGACCCAUGAACACUUGACCAACCCCCGAUCCUUCACUUCUAAUUAGUCCCCCCCCCCAUAACACUUCACAAUUCCAUUCUGUAUCAUAAACCUGCCAAUGAAAAAGUAUCUCUCUCUCUGUCUCACUCAUGUGCGCUCAUGUUUAUUUGGGGAAAUUAAAAAACCAACUGUUGUUGGCUUUGUUGCUGUAUACAUUGAUGUGGCGGCCCCCCUAGAUGUUUAUACUGCUUAUGUAACUGGAAAGUGUUUAUGGUUAGGUGGGAUACAAAACUGAGUUGGAAUUGAAACACAAUCUACGUGUCUACUGCCCCUGGCUCUUUGCUGGAAAUGGGUCUACUAGCUCUCUUGGCUCCCCUUAGACACACCACCAUCACUGGGAGACAGCCCGCGGCUGAUAGCACUCCAAGAACUGCCAGCAGAACCAACUCAACGGUGCACAGUAGCUGCAGCAGUUCCGUUGGUCCCUUCCAAGUGAUUGUGGUCACAAUUGAGGCCCCUGUAAUAGAUGCUGUAACGAUCACAGGCCUCAGGUGGUCCUCCCCAGGCAUCAGCUAAGACUAUGCAGGCGAUUGUGGUGGCCAAGAAACAGACGACGGCUGAUAAACUGAGGCCCACAUCCGUGAUGGCUAAUACCACCGAGUAUCUCUGUAGAAAGCUGAGAAGAGAGGACAUCAGAAGGAGAACGCUGUACAAUGCCUGCCAGACCACUACUAUGAUGCUGAGCAAUAUCAGCCAGGCAGAUGUUGACACUGUACUGUCCACCAGGUCCUCUAGCUGUUUGAUGGAUUGUGGUG